UACAGUUCACACGAAAACAAACAGCUCCCACAAUGUCGGUUUCCAAUAAGUACCACUGGGUGUCGCUCCAGAGCGGUAAACAUUGCUCCUUGUGCGCCGCUUCCUCCAUCAUUGGCCCCACUGCCUCAGCUUGCACUGUGUGCGUGUGUUGUGAGUCGGAUAGAAAGUCAGCCUGGUUUCCAGCUGAGUGCUUGCUCUCUCACAGUGUGUGUCUAUCCGUGUGUGCGUGUGACUCUCAGAGUGUGUAUGUGUGUGUGUUGUCAUUAUUAUCCACUCUGCUCCCAGCUCAGAAUGGCCAGAUUCACCCAGACUGAAACAAGAAGGCAGCAGCAGCAGCAUCCUCACUCCAGCCUGGUUUUCACUGGACCGGCGGAACCAGCGACCCAACAGCCACUUCUUUUAAUCCCACAUCAGCACCAGUAUCCUCCGAUCACAUUCCCGAAACCCAUGAACGGGUCAGAACCCAUAUCAAUUCAUCCGGAGAGCGGCAACAUGAAAGACCAAGAUGCCAUUAAGCUGUUUAUCGGGCAGAUACCGAGGAACUUGGAGGAAAAAGACCUGAAACCUCUGUUUGAACAGUUUGGCAAAAUCCACGAACUGACAGUUCUCAAAGACCGUUACACCGGCAUGCACAAAGGUUGUGCGUUCCUGACCUACUGCGCUCGAGAGUCGGCCAUCAAAGCACAGAACGCCCUCCAUGAACAGAAAACACUGCCAGGGAUGACACGGCCCAUACAGGUGAAACCAGCCGACAGCGAGAGCCGUGGAGAAGACAGGAAGUUGUUUGUGGGGAUGCUGAACAAACAACAGACUGAGGAAGAUGUUUACCGCCUCUUUGAACCCUAUGGCGUUAUCGAGGAGUGCACAGUCCUAAGAGGCCCUGAUGGAAACAGCAAAGGUUGCGCCUUUGUCAAAUUUUCUACGCACACCGAGGCUCAGUCUGCGAUCAGUGCCCUCCAUGGCAGCCAGACCAUGCCAGGUGCUUCCUCCAGCUUGGUGGUCAAGUUUGCGGACACAGACAAGGAGCGCACCAUCAGACGUAUGCAGCAGAUGGUUGGACAGUUUGGCAUCUUCAACCCUGCCAUCGCCCUUCCCUUCAGCACAUACAGCUCUUACGCACAUGCGCUCAUGCAGCAGCAGGCAGCCAUCAUGGCAGCAAGCCAUGGAGGUUACCUCACGCCAAGCGUGGCGUUUCCUGCAACACAGAUCCACCAGAUGGGGGCGCUCAACAUCAACAGCCUCCCGCCCACCGCUAUGACCCCGGUGUCGGGUGAGUUUCAUCAAACCCUGGCAGGCCUCAGUUCUCCACCAGCCAACAUCACCACCUCCGCCGUGCCCAGCAUUGUCACACCAAUCGUCAACGGAUUCACCGGCAUCCCUCAUCAGCCAAAUGGACAUCCUGCUGUGGAGACCGUGUACACUAAUGGCCUGCCGCCCUACUCCACCCAAAGCCCCACUGCUGCAGACACCCUCCAGCAAGCCUUCACCGGAGUACAGCAAUACACAGCAAUCUACCCAGCCACCACGCUGACACCUAUUGGCCAGACCCUGCCCCAACCAUCCCAGGUCAUCCAGCAGCAGCAGCAGAGAGAAGGUGAGGGUCCAGAGGGUUGUAACCUGUUCAUCUACCACCUGCCACAGGAGUUUGGAGACAAUGAACUCAUGCAGAUGUUUUUGCCCUUUGGCACAGUUAUCUCCUCCAAAGUCUUCAUGGACCGGGCAACUAACCAGAGCAAGUGCUUCGGCUUUGUGAGCUUCGACAACCCUGCUAGUGCACAGGCAGCUAUCCAAGCCAUGAAUGGCUUUCAGAUUGGGAUGAAGAGGUUGAAAGUGCAGCUAAAGAGACCGAAGGAUGCCAGUCGUCCUUACUGACACAGCCUACCUUCAGUAUUUACCCAAGCCGCACAGGUUUUAGAGGACAAGUGAGGAUGUCUCGAAGGAGUUAAACUUUUUUUCUUUGAAAGCGACAUAUGGUUUUAAAAAAAAAAAUCCACACAUACGGAAUUUCUGAAGACAUAUCAGCGUUUGCUUAUGAAGAUAUACAGUAGGAUAUGGAACAAGAAGAUGUGAGAGAAGAGGAGGAGGAAGCGCAUCGACGGGGGACUUAUGAGUAACAGAUGGCCCAGUUCAAGAAAGACAAAAAGAAAAAAGAAAAAAAAACAAAAAAACAACACACACACAAGUGAAGAAGAACUUUUUUCUUGUUGAGACUUAAAUUGUUAUUUAAGCAACAAACUAAUGAAUAAAAAAGCAGCAACAACAGAUAGAUUUCUAUAUACAUAUUAUAUACACGUAUAUAUAUAUACGAGGACAAAGGCGCUUGUGGCUUUUACUGUACUGGACAAAUGAGGGUACAAACUUGAAGAUCAAGAACAACAGUGGAAAAUAGAAGCUCCACUGACAGACUCACUUUAUCUUUCCCUCUCUUAUUCUCUCACCAUCUCUCAGCAGUUGCAGAACUAUGACUCUUGGAGGUCACUGAGGUUUCCAUUAGCAACAGUAGAACUGCAAGUAUUUCACCCCUAAGGGACCAAAGGACCAAACAUUUUUAUUGCUCAGAACAGUGAUAUAUGAUAUUAAUGAUACUAAUACUACAAACUACUACUAAUAAUAUUAAAAAAAAAAGUUAACUUAAGAAGAAAUUCUAGCUUCAGGUUGAAAAACAAAGGAACUUGGGCUUGGAUUAUUUUCUUUUUACAUGUAUAGCUACUGGGUUUGAGGAUAUUAAACAAAGACAGAAAAAUAUAUAAAAAAAACAAAACAAAACAAAGCUAUUCUAUUUUAAGUGGCUUAGAAUAUGUGGGUUAGAAGUUGUUGCGGCAUGUUCAGAUGUGUUCUUUUACCACUCGUUGCUUCAUCUGCGUCACAGUGUUUCAUCUGGGAGGUCUGAGCUGUUGAUGGUACUGUGUCAGACGAGAGAGAAAACAGCCCUGCAGUGCCAAAAGUCACACACAAACAGCCUCUUAGCAUAAACAGUGCUGUGCGCAGCUCCGUCUUCUGCUCCUGUCAGCACAAACCGAUGCCAUCAUUGAAACCAGAGUUCAUUCCGUCUCAUCCAUCCCUUGAUUUUACAGAUAAUCUGACCUUAACACAUUGGGGUAAUAGCGCCUCCCAGCUGAACUGGAUGUUCAGUGGUGAUACAGCACGGCGUCUGUAACUGCUUAAUAAAACAUACAAAUGAGCUCGACAGCAGUUGUAAAAAUUUCCAUCCGUGUGUCACAGUGGUCGCUGCCAGGUCGUGCCCUCUCCCUCUGCCAAGAUCCUCCAGCUGCUCCCAGCAGGAGAGAGAGAGACGGAGAGAGAGCAGUUCACCCCCUGUUCCUUCUUCUCUUCCUCCCCCUUCUCACCUCUGUCUUCCGCCUCUCUCACCUCACCCCCAAGUGCCAGCAUCUCUUUUAAUAGGGACAUCAUUUCACAGGAGCCGAGAGGUAACACACAGCAUAAUUAGGGUAAUGAUAAUAUUGAUCAGCUGGGAAACAGCACUGCAGCACCAGAGAUGUGCAAUCAAUUACACAUUGGCAUUUUGAAUGGAUUGACUGAGUGACAGAGUCCAUUCUUCUCCUGGUAUUUUUCUCCCCUCUCUCUUCUGUCUCUAUCUCGUCCUGCUGACUCUCUCUACCAACUGAAACAAGUCUAAGAUCCAGGUUUUGAAGGUUGUUGUUUUUUUUCACAUUCUGUUAAUGUUGAUUUCAAAGUUCUUCAGUAAACAGCAUCUUCCUGCUCCCACAGACGUUGUAAUAGCACAGUGAGAGCUGGUACACUGGUGAGGAACGGCUGCGGCAUUACCAUCCUUAAGAGGUCAAAUUAAGAGCAGAAUGAUCCAUCAAUUAGACAGCGGCAGGCCUGGAAGUGUAGCCGCUACAGCUGCUGCUGCCUCAACCACGACAACAUACCAUUAGCACCGGUCACACGUGGCUCCUGUACUGUGUGGUCACGACACAUCACGCUACAUCAUGAUUAAUUAACUCCACCAGCCUCAUCUGUAAGUAACGACAUCCAAGAUGAAAUAUGUCCUUUUUUUUAAUCUUUUUUUUUUUCUAAAUCUACUUCUGUUACCAGUCACUCCUUUACUUUCACACAUUCUCCAUCCCGACCGUCUGUGCACUCGGUUUGCUCUCUGAAGCAGCCCGUCCCUCAGGGCUCUGAUCAUCGCUAUACACUUCAGAUAUAUCAGUUGCUUGAGCUGUGAGAUCACAGCACCGUCUCUACAGCACAUCCACACAAAGCAGAGUCUGCGGGAAUCGUGAGUGCGUCUGUAGUAGACAACCACAGAUGUUAUCAGCAGAAUGACUCGGCAGCUCCUGAUGACUGUAUCCCUGCUUUUAUUUUCACUGUGCUCUGAGACGUUCUUCUCCAGGAUGGCUUUUAUUAGACAGGAUCCACUUCAUUUAUCAGCAAAUGUCAACAAUAUGCUCUGUACAUUGUUCAGCUGCAGUCAAACUCUCUGAAAAGGCUUUUCUUUUUCACACCAUGAAUUGACAAAUUACACAGCCGUUUCCACUGCUAACCUUUAAAUGUUUCCCGGGUUCAACAGUUCAAUUUUCUAAUGCGUCAAUUUUCUAAACACUUCCUUCAUCGAGUGAACUAUUUGAUUUUUAAUUCAUUUAUUUUUUGGUAUUUUUUAGAGAGGGUCACUUCAAUUAUGUACUUUCUUCUGGAGAUUUUUUUUUUUUUUUUAGCAUCAAAUUAAAUCUGGCCCUCAUUACAGCUUGGGGAAUGCAAAUGAAAGAUACCAGCUGUGGUUGAAAUGAAAUGACUUUGAAAAAAAAGAAAAAAGAAAAGGUCAAGGUAUUUCAGGAAAGAAUUUGUGAAGAAAUAUUUUAGACGGAGGCUGUUCAGGAGAACCUGAGUGUGCAGGAGUGUGUACUGCACAUUUUACAGGAAAACAAUGAAGUGACUGUAGCUCAACAAAUGAAAAAAACAAAAGAGCUGAUCAAUGUCUGUUUUUUCUUCUUCUUUUUUUCAAAUUCUUAAACGUAUGAAAGAACUAAGAAGGAUUUCAUUGUCUGUUACUGCUCUUCUCCAUGUUUUCAACAUGACAAUUCAUGUUUUCUACCAUGAAGCCCUUUCAGUGUCUGAGCAUGCUCAAUAGGGAUAGAGGGGGGUAACGAUUAUGGUUAUGGUACAACUUGUAUGAACAAUAUGGUUCUUUUUACUAUGGGUGGAAUGCUAAGGAUGGUAGCUUAUUAUAAAUAUGAAACCUGUAUGUUAUGGAAAAUCAGCACAGGAACUUUCUUUAGGUUACUAAGGGGUGGGUUUGGAGAAAUGGGGAGGUUGGUGGGGGGUAUUGCUUUAUGAAGAUGUAAGUUCCGGUUUCUCAGCACAAAGCAAGCGAAACAUAUGAACAGCAGUGAAGCGUCCGCGGAGAACUACAGGG